CGGCACGGACCUGGGGGAUUAUGAAUGGCAGCGAUUCGAUUCGAGUCAUGAACGAGAGCAGGGAACAGAGGCGUCUGGACGAAUGGAUAGGCCUGGGUGGAUGUUUGUCAUGCAAGAAAAGCUAUGCUCCAUGCUCUGUACUCUGUUCAGACUUCUUGGGAACAUAAAAAGGACACAGACAUCAGAAAGGGGGAACCAAUUCCUCUCCCUCUCUCACACACACACUUUCUCAUUCUCUCUUUUUCUUCUACCACUUCUGCUACUUCUAUCAAACGUCUUCAUCGUCAAUUGCUUCUCUCUCAUACCUUCUUUCAUUCAUACACGCUACGAACAAUUGACAGCAAUCACUGCAACGCAAAGCAACCUGCUAAACCUAAAAAAACACCACACUCGUCCUUCCUUUCCAUACAACCAAACUCCCCCCAUUGCUUCUCGCCAAAGCCUUUUGAAAGAACGCAUCUUUUCUUAAAACUCCACCCGCUUUUAUACAGCGUUGCCUUGUUUCUUUCCUUCUCUCCUUCUCUUCAUCGUUCCCUCUUACGCGUGCCGCCCACUCCCCUCUCUCUCACACCUUUCAUUCCCAACAGUCGACUUGGCCAUAUACAGUCAAUUCGUCUUCACUUUAUCUGCACCCAUUAAAUAUAUUCAACUGCCGUCAUGGGAUUCUGUCAUCGUUGCGGCGAACUUGUCCACGGCGCAAACUGUCUAAAGUGCGGUGGCCGUUCACAUCCGU